UCAAAAGCCAAGCCAAAGAUCAUGACUUCCAUAAUGCAAAGCUAUCGCCACAAGAAGUUCGACUUGAUAACUGCUCGUCGUGAGGAGAAGCAUCCAGAGCUGAAGAUCAAGGAGGAGCUGCUGUCUCGCAGUCACCACGAUGAGGAGGAGGAUACCAGCAGUCAGUGCUCCAGCGAUUACAGUCUUCCGCUGUCCAAGAGACGACGUCUCAAUAGCACCAUAUGCGAUGCAUCGCUGGAAUCAGAGUCAACAUCCUCCUCGCACUCACUACCCAACUCCAUCAGUCCCGAAGCCCUACGAGACAUUUGCAAAUAUCAUGGCAAUAUGGUGAGAAAAUUUCCGAAAAAGGAACGCACGCCCAAAGAUCAGGAGCGACGCAAUAAGAACACCAUUGCAUGCCGCAUGAGCCGGCGGGUCAAGAAACUGGAGCAUCUCGCCGUGGAGGAGCAGUACAAGGAAUUCACUUGCCAGCAUCUCAAAAUUGUUGAACAGGGCAUGAGAGCAAAUGCCUAUUUCCAUCAUCUCAAUCAACUGGUCAAGCUCGAUCAGGCCAAGAGUCCACCUCCAGCGCCUGUGCAGAACAAGAAUUUCAGUAUUGACUAUCUGAUGAACGGUAUCAAGGGAGAGCAUUGUUAG